GAGCUGUCAAAGUUGUCUGUCAAUAACAAAAAAUUAAAAAGUUCAGCCGCGCCGAAUGUGUUUAGUGAAAAAAGUAUUUUUUCUUAUUAGAUUUGUGAUCUUUUCAGCGUUAUAUCCAAAAUAAUUACAACUUCACUGAAAAUGUUUUAAAGUAAGUUAAAUAGUAAGUUGAGAAGGAAGUGUGAAGUUAACAGUGAUUAUGUCUGGGAGUGAAGUAGACAGCGAGGGGUCGAAUUUGGACCUUCAAGGAGUAUCAGUGACUCCCUAUUCGUCGCCAUCGCAACAGGUGCCGAGCGCGGGGUCGAGUCGAAUAUCCUACAUUGAAGAAAUGUCUUUGCAUGAUGGGCCUCACUUGAUAAUAGUGACGCAGCCUCAGAACCACUUCAGGUUCAGGUACAAGACGGAGAGGGAGUCGGGCACGCAUGGCUGUCUGCAAGGCAAGUCCAAGGUUCCUGGCGUGCCCAAGACUUACCCCACUGUGCAGCUGAAGAAUUACAGUGGAUGUGCUACUAUAAAGUGUAAGCUAUACCAGCAUGAGAGAGACUUUGAACAUCCUCACACGUUGCAUGAAGACGAUAUAGAAGUCAGUGCUCAAGUUCCGGACGAGAACAGCUAUAUGGUUUGUUUUCGAGGCCUGGGCGUCAUACAUACAGCCAAAAGAGACCUGCCAGGCUUGUUGUAUAAUAAGCGGGAGAAGAGUAUGACCAAAGAAGAAUUAAAAAAAAUAACUAAAAAAGAGCUACGCGAAGAAUGCAAGAAGGCAGCGAAAUUAAUCAACUUGAACGCGGUCCGACUGAGGUUUAGCGCGCAUGACUCCGACACAGAUAAAGAAAUAUGCGAGCCUGUGUUCUCAGAAACGAUAUACAACAUGAAGAGUCCGGAAACCAAUGUGCCGAAAAUAUGCGACGCCAGCCGCUGCUACGGGAAGCCUCAGGGAGGCAACAGGAUCAUAUUGCUGGUCGAAAAAGUAAAGAAAGGAAAUGUGCGAGUCAAUGUGUUCGAGGGGGACGCGGAAGGGAACCGGGUCUGGGAGGCCCCGGUGUACCUGCUGGAUAACAAUAUUCACUAUCAGACGGCCAUAUCGUUUAACACCCCGCCAUACAAAGACCCGGAGACCCCAGAAGACGUGAAGGUCCACAUCGAGCUGCAGAGGCUAUCAGACGGUGCUCGCAGCAACCCCACUCCCUUCACAUACGCCGCCGAGCCCUUCCACAAGAUGAGGAAGCGACCGAAGCGCAAUCCCUCCUGGUCUUCCACUCCGUACUCGCCAGCUAGCUCAAUUCUAAGCUUUAGCGAUGCGCCUGGCUCGGGGUUGAAAACGACGCUGUUUACCACAGAAAAUGAUAUAUUAACACAUCUUAGGGAGCUAAAUACGGGGAUGCAGAAUAAACUGUAUUCUGACCAGGCGACACAAACUGAUGACACGUUACAAGACCAACUGGAAUACUAUGGAGGUGUAACAAGGGCGAACGAUAAUAAUGUCGGUUUGAUUAUUCCAACUGACAUAGAAACACAGCAAAAUAAUACUUCAGUCGAAGGAUCGAUCAUUGAAGAAUACUACGUAUUACCUGAAACGGAGACCUUUGCUGGCGUUGAAAAUCACUUAAUAAAUAACCAUAACCCUGUCUUCGGCCAACCAAAUGUACCAAAUCCAGUCUGCCGACAAAUACGGAUGGAACCGACCAGUACAAAUAAUCUUUUCGACAAUUCCGAUAUUGCUACAAUGCUCAAUAGUAAUUGGGACGAAUAUUUGGAGCCGUACUUCGAGAAAGAUGGAGAAUUUCAACUUAAAAAUUUAGUUGCAGAGUCCGGUAGGGCAUGCCCUGUGAAGGAAGAACCCACAACCAGUAAGGGCAAUACUGACCAAGAAUUGGCUUAUUUCAAAGCCCGAGAAGGUUUAGAAGUUAAGAAGUUGAUUAAAGAGAUAUGUCAUUUGAAACAGAAAAAGCCUAGUGAUUGGGAUGUUAAAGUGAGAGAGAAACUCAACCGAUUGUUUGAAAUUCGACUAUCUAACGGAGACACUUUCCUCCAUAUGACAUUAACUGAACACCUGCCAAGCUUCAAAUUUGUGGUGAACACUAUACGCUCCGUCAACCUGACGCACUUGCUGGACGAAGCGAACCAUCAACAACUAACCAUCCUACAUCUAGCUAUCAUACAUGACAUGCCGGAUACGAUCGCAUAUCUUAUCGACAAAGGUUGCGAUCCUAUGUGCACAGACAAAGAUGGCAAUACAGCCAUCCAUCAUGCUGUUAUAAGCGAGUCUUCACUCCAAGUACUGCUCGAUGCCAUUGAGAAGAAAGGCUGCAAAUGUGACUUGAAUCAGGCGAACUAUGAGUGGCAGACGCCGCUGCACGCCGCCGUCCACGGCCGCCACCGCGACCUCGUGCACACGCUGCUCGACUUCAUUCCUGCUCGUGAAGUAGACGUGACCAAUUGGCUAGGGAUGACAGCAUUGCAGAUUGCUUGUUCGGGUAACAUUGGACAAAAUAACUUGGAAAUUAUUAAACUCCUGCUUGACAAAGGGGCUAGUCCGACGUUUACUGAGAGAGGCAACAGACCAGCAUACAAGAUGGCGAGAUCCAACCCCCAAAUGUGGGAGAUAAUGAGACAAUACCUUUCGGAUUACUACACUGAGGAUCACAGUACUGAUGAUUCAGAUGACGACUUCCAAUCUGCUGAUGAGGGACUGGACGAUGCCGCGCCGUUGGAGGAAAUCACAGAGAAGUUUAAAAACUUAGAGCCGACUUCACCUUCAAACGCUUAGUUUUAUUUACGAAGAAAAGAUUUUUAGAUAAGCAUUUGAUGCAUGUUUUACCAAAAAUAUUUUAUGACAUUUACUUCUAAGUUUCUGUUUCAUUAUGGUUGUGAGGGUGUUUCCAGACCAAUUUAUCGACGGCAUCGUGGUGCUACGUAAUGUUAAAUUACUUAAAUUAUGUAAUAUUUGAAUACAUGUAGGUAUAAUUAUUACUAUGUAUAUACGUACGUAGUAAAACAGCUAAAAGCUAAUUGUCAAAAGGUACAAAAAUAUCAAUUCAAAAUGGCAGCUGUUCUGUCUUAAAAAAAAUCGCUCGCUUGAAACAUAAAAAGAAACAUUUUUUUAACUUAAAAGUGUACUGGAUUUUGAGCCCAUAUUUUCGUCAUCACUAAUUUAAGAGCUACGGUUUUGUCAGUCUAAAGGCCAAUUCUUUCACUUCCUUAUAAGAUUGAUCAUUGUAAGUUCUUCUUGGUAUAUCGCAUAUCUUCAUUGCGUUAAAAAUACACCAGGGUCUGCAUGCCAACCGCAUCGCGCGCGGCGCGAUUUAUAUCGAGGGCUUCGACAUUAGUCGAUUAUUUAUUAGUCUUUUUAUGUUUCAAGCGAGCGAUUGUUUUUUAGCCGUACGAUGUCUAUAUACGUAAAUAGAAUUCGUUGCGUCUAUUGGUCGGAGCUGUCGAUAUAACUCGAAAUUGCUAUGCCGCGAGGGCAGGAGAGGAGGAAGAUAAGAUUCGACAGGGAUAUAUGUCCCAAUGAAGAAAAAAAUUUGGCCUUAAUAAUUAUAAUGAACAUUAAUUUCACAUUAUGCAUCCUUACGUGUUAAUUUGUUUAGGUAGUGUUAUAAAAGUGUAAAAUGUUCUAAGUGUGUUAAAGGAGGUACCUAUAGUCUGUGGGAUUUGAAUGAAUAAUGAUUUUAUGUAAGACUGCAACCGCAUUCUUGAUUCCAUGUGAUGAUGAUGCCUUUUAAGUGUACGUUUUAGUCAUUAUUAUAGUAAUAUUUUUAAUUUUAUAAGACUUAUAAAGUGUUCUUACAGGGAGUUAAUAAGAUUUGAUAAAUGAAACCGUAAUAGGCUAGUUUUCAACUAGUCAAACCAGUUACUUUUUACUAAACAUCAAAGCAUAAAUUUACUAUGGAAUUUGUAUGAAAAAGCACACUGUGACGUCAUAGAAAAGCGUGAUAAAAUGUCGGACUUAUUCAUUAUGAUUACGUUUUUCUUGAUUAAAAUUCAUAUGUUAAAUGUUUUUAGUUUUUAAGUUCUAUCUAGAACUAACAAAAACAUUUUCUACAGACAGACAGAUUUCUGUCUUUUAGUAAUCAGAAUUGCAUAAUUUACUUUGAACUAGUACACGACCCAAUUGGUGCCAGAAAUGACGUAACAUUUAUAUUAAUUUGACAGCUCUAACAAGUGUCACUCAAAAUGGUGGGUUGUACCGUUGCAAAUAUGAAUAUGUUAUAUACGAAAGUAAUGUAACUGAAUGUAACUCAAGUAAAAUUUAAUGUAAAUACCUCCAUGAAACGAAUAAAAUUGUCAUUGUGAGCAGCGGUUCUGACGGUCAGAAUGGCGGGUGUAAACAUUGUUGUCAAAGUAUAUUGUAGGCAAAUUUGGGUUUAGGCAUCGUGCAUUUUAGGUAUUUACUUCGAGUUUCAGGUAUCUUACGUUUUACGUAGUUAUUCAGCAGUGGCAUCGUGCAUUUUAGGUACUUCGCUCAAAAGAGUUUAUGUAAGAGUUUACAUACGGUUAUGUGAUAUACCGGGUGAGAGCCCUCAGCACUCCCCAUUAUUCCGACCAAGUAGUUAAUGCCAUCUGUGGCAAAUCUACAAUAAGUCACGUCAAAAAAAAAUCGAAAUGCGAAGAGUAUAACUCCCGGCAAACUUCUUGAGCAUCGAGUGUCGUAGUGGGGGAAAGUUCGCGCACGUACACUUCCGUGCAAAAAAAAAAGAAAUUUUGAUUAUUUUCUUUACUUCAUUAAAAAAAAAACAAUUAUUAAGUAUAUUAUUUAAUUAUGUAAAUAAAACUAAACUUAUCUAUAUUAUUAUAGUUUAUUAAAACUUAUAUUAUUAUACUUAAUAAAAAACUAAUCGUCAGGUAAGUAUGAUAUUCCUUCCAUGAGAUUGAAACCAGCAAUACCAGAGCUAGUGCUAGGUUUUGGAUCUGUAGACAUAGACCUCGUGCUAGUAACUAAUUCUUAAACAUAAAAAUAUGAGCAAUAACAAAAACGUGACAGUUUCACUGCACGCAAGUGUAUUUGGGAGUCAAAGGGACGAAGACAGAGUGCGCGGGGGAAGUAUCGACUGAUCUACCAAUAGCCGGUCAAUGCGGUAUUCACCCGCCCCCGCGCCCCGUACCGCACCACCAAAGAGAUCUAAAAUUCGGUUGUGCGCAGUCAAGGUGGAUACUCAAGAAGUUUGCCGGGACCUAUAAUUUAACUAGGAAAUCAACUUUAAGCGGCGGUUUCACACUAACGAUUUUUCUCGGCGAUUUCUGGACGCGGGUGCGUGCCGAUUGUUUAUUAGAUCGGUAAUUAUAUGUACCUACAUUCAGGUACAUUCCUGUCGUAUAAUACCUAUAUAACAUAUUAUUCAUAUUUGCAACCUGCUAUUCUGACCCACACCCCUAACAACACCGUCGAAGUGGAAUAAAGAAAUAGUAUUAGAAUAGAGAAUAGCACAAGAUUUAGAACUGUUUAAUAAAAUAAACGUGUCUUUUAUAAUCGACACCAUUUAUAAGUACAAAUCAUUAUCGAUUUAAAUAUUCUAUUGAUAUUUUUAGUUGUAAAGAAAAUUAAUCUAUUGCAAAUUGAAACUGAGUAUUAGUCCGAUUAAAAUAGUGCCAUAUAAUUUUGUAUUGAUUGACAAAACUUGGAGAUUUCUGAUUAUACUAUGAAUUGCAUGUGGAGCGCUGGAGUUGAAUGCGAUAAAUCGUACUGUAAUACUAUGCAUGGUAUGUUAAAAAACUAGAAACUGAGAAGAAUUGCAUGUUGCUUAUAACUUAUAACCCGGGAUAUGACAGAUUUCGUGUAAAUAAUGAGUGUUUCUAACAUGGUGAAAAAUAUACACUUAUUACAGUUCAUCAGUACUCGUACCCCUAGCAUGGAGCCAGCAUAUCGCGCGCGACGCGAUAAAUGAACCAAAACUAUUGGCUACGCGAUUAAUAAACCAAUAGGGUACUUCUAAAUUAAAACACAUAAUAACGGGUUCUUACUGCGUUUAAAGUAGGGAUAUAAGACUCCCGAUAUUUCGCCACUGUUGCAAGUGCCAGGAUCACGGGAUGACAACAAAACAGGCUUAAAACAGGGUACUUCUAGUUUUUUCUUCUCGUCAAUCUUCUCGUGUGUACAUGCUCAUGAUAUCACCAAAGUCCGUUUUUCAAUGUCAUCUAACGCAGAAGCAGUAAAUAUCGAGGUCUUCGACCAAUAAACGCAGCAAAUGCAAUCUACGUAGAUAGACGUCGAACGGCUAUUGGUCGAAGCCCUCUUGAGUGGUAGCUUGUAUGGCACUAAGAAAGCGUGACGUCACGCGUUCCUAAGGGGCUGUCCGUUAAGCAUGUGAUGUUUUUUUUGGCAUUUUUAACCCCUUCCCCCCUCCCUCUUGGUGAUACAUGGUGAGGUUCAAGACUACCCGCCCCCCCAUCUUAUCACGUGUAUUUUUUUAGUACGUGUGGGUACGUGUACGUGUGUGUGUGGUAUGUACGUGUGUGUGUCGUGUAUGUGUGUGCGUGUGUGUAGUUCGUGUAUGUUAUGGGCGAUAGGCUGAUCCCUUAUCACCAUAAGGUUCAUCAUAUCCAGCUUACGACAUCGUAUCAACAGUGGCUGCGAGUUGUCUUUGAUUACUUGUGGCUCUGCCCACCCCAUUAGGGAUAACGGGCGUGAGUUUAUGUAUGUAUUAUUUAGUACCUACCAACGCCGCUUUUCGGUUCAGUAUCGCGAGUUUGCCGAAAAAAUAAAUACUCGUGAUAUAUUACUACACCCCCCCUCUUAUGAUAUUUCGUGAUUUUUCAUGGACCCCUCCUCCCCCUCUCGAGCCUCGCAUAAUUAACGGACGGCCCCUAAUCCUAUUUCUUUUUAGCAUCCUGAUUACGAAUGGCUGUAACUAUUUCAUUUUUCAACGAAUUCCGAUAGUUUUCACAUUCGGCUAUCAAUUUAUGUCUGUCUAUCAAUAUAAUGUAUUUUAAAACUAUAAAAAAAUAAUGAAAACCGUAUAAUCUAUUUUUAUAUUUGUUAACUACCCUAUUGGUUCAAUUUUGCUGGAAAGACUAACGGGGUAAUACGUACGUGUAUGUUUACUUUUUUUUACUAUAUUUACCAUCUACCUACUCCCAUAGAAGGGCGUGGCCAUAAUUGGAACUAACUCCGCAAUCUAUGAAAACGUAAUUUUUGACAGCUGUCAUAAAUGGAGAUGGUGCACAUCUGUCAAUGUCGUCCACAUGUCAAAAAAUCCUGGUCGGUGCAUAAGUGAAAUCUUGUACGUACUGUCAUAUUUUAGUCAGUUAUAUUUAUUUACAGUUUUAUGACACCACUAUCACGUUAGUCUAACAGAAAGCUCGGUGAGGUGUCGGUACUUAGUUCGUCUUGCGAUAGAUGUACGUCAAAUAUCUAGCUUGUUGUUUUAUCAAAAAAAAAUCUCAUUUAUAAUUUUGACUGUUGUAUUGAACUUUAAUUUUUAUAAAUUCUUACAUAAAUAACGUUUAAGAAUACGGAAGCUUUUUUCUAUCAAUAUUGUUUGUUUACUAAAAACUCGUACAGAGUCUAAAUGAUAUUUUGUUAAUUCAUUGAAUAGAGGCGUUCAUUAUGCGGUCUGUAAUUCCGUCCGGAGCCCAGGAAACAUACGGUGAGAUAGGCAUUUGACUUUUUAUAUGCGAAAUGCGGGUAGAUUCGUCUCAGUUUAGUCGAUUUUUUCCCGAUACUGCGAGGGUAGGCGCGCAAAGCUAUAAAUAGAAUGCGCCUACGCGUUGUGACUCAGUUGGCGUUUUGACUUCGUCGUGUGCAGAUGCG